AUGUUCCCCAGUGGUAUCACAUCCAACUUCUCCUUACCUAUCCCUGAUAACAGCACUUAUGAAGGUUUUAACACGACUAUUGAAAUAUUUGAAGCGUUUAAUACUAUAACUGCUAGUGUUCUUGGAUAUAUCUUACAUCUGAGCAUAGCCAUUGGCAUCAUUAAAAGGAAGCUCUUCAAAGAUGGCUUUAUGGCUUUAACCUAUUAUAGAAGUUAUAAUGAUAUGAUCUAUCUCUUCACAGUUUUUAUCGUCUUUGAGAUUCGAACUUUGGAUGGCUCAGAACGUUAUGGAAAACAUUUUGAAAACUUUUCUGUUAACAUUAAGUUAAUCUUAUUGUAUGUACAAGAUGUUACUCAAGUUCUGCAGCUUCUGCUGCUCUUCCUAUGUAUCGUUCAUCGAUUUCUCCUGUUCGUUCGACCGGGAGCUAUAACUAUAGCAUACAUAUUUUUUACCCUCUUAGCUAUAAUAAUCAACGCCUUCGUGAUUGCUCAAGGACCUUCCAUGGAAAGAAAAAAAUAUUUACAGUCUGCUCUAAUGUUUUCAACAAUGGCUAUGAUUAUCUUUUGUAUUGUAGUCCAAUACUCAUUGAGAAAGCAUUUUCGAGCUAAUAAAUACAAUGUGUCUGUCAGCGAGAUUCAAAGUAAAACAUCGAAGUUUCUAUCAUGGCUGGUUCUAUUGUAUUCUACAUGCUAUUUCUUAGUCCCAUUUUUAGCUGGAGUGAUACGAUCUGUUUACUACACAAUGAUACGAGAAAAGUAUCCACAAUUAUAUUUUCCAGAAUAUGCUCAACUUCUAGAUAUGGUUGCAUUCUGUCUUCUACCUUGGCUACCAUUUGGAAAUGGAUUACUAUCAAGAUGGUCAAUACAAGGAGCAUUAACACCUAAUGGAUCUCCGCCUAAUAGACUAACGGUUGUGAGUACACUAUCAGAAUCACAGUGUUGA